AUGUAAAUACUUGAGAAAAUUGGUGAUGGCUUAUCUAGUGAAAUUAAUAAGUGUAUUAUUAAUCAAAAAUAAUGUGCUUUAAAAUUAUUUAAAGAGUGUUCACGUAAAAUACGUGAGAGAGAAAUCAAAAUACUUAAUUCUCUUAAACACGAUAACAUUAUUUCAAUUUUAGAAUAUGAUGAUGAUUAUAAUUGGUAUACAACUCCUUUGAUGAUAACAGACCUUCAUAAACUUAUUAUUAAUCAUGGACCAUUGAAUAGUAAUACAAUACAAAUAAUUCUAUUAAAAUUAUCAAAUGCUCUACUCUAUAUGCAUUCUAUCGAUUAUGUUCAUAGAGAUAUCAAAUUAGAGAAUAUCAUGCUCAAUUCAGAUGCUUAAUUGUUUAUUAUAGAUUUUGGUUUAUCUGUUUGUCUUCAUACAUCUAAAUAAUAUCCUAGACAUUGUGGCACUCUUACUUACAUGGCACCAGAACUUAAUUUAGAUGAAAAAAUAAUCAAUUCCAAUUCUUUAAAAAAAACAGAUGUUUUUGCUUUAGGAGUUGUAAUUUUCACUCUAGCUUAUGGAUAUCCUCCUUUUACUAUUGCUAUUCAAUCUAAAUGCAGAUUUUGGAAUACCAUUUCUUAAUACAAAUGGUAACAGUUUUGGAAUUAUUUUGAUAAAUUGAUAAAGACUCCUCCUCAUCCAGAUUUCAAAGAUCUAAUCUAAAACAUGUUAGAACCUGAUCCAACUAAAAGAUUUACUAUUGAACAAGUUAAUAAACAUCCUUUUAUAACUAAUUAAUUUAACUUAGAAGAACUAAAAGUUAAACUUAAUAUAUGA